AUGACAUCUCAAGUAGCCAUCGCUUUCGCUCGUCCACCCUUUGAGGCUGGCGCGAAACCUUCUUUCUCCAUGGCGACGUUGAUGUCGAACGAGCCCAUCGCCGUCUCCAACCCGAUAUCCGGAAACAAUCUCACCAGUUCUGAAUCACUUUCCUUAUUCAAAUCAUCAAAACCCGACAGUCUGAGCUCGAUUGCCAGCGCCGGACUACACGUCUCGCGAUCAAGAGAUCAACUCCCUCCAAUGACAAGCCCAACAUCCGCACCGGCGGAUCGGCCGGAGCAUGAGAAGGACGCUGAAAGAAACAGUUCACAGGUGGCCCGGGAGGCCCUGGGUGCAAGCGAAAAGUCGCCAGGGGCCCAGAUCCACGAACCUUCGGUCCAUGCGUCUCCCGAACAUAUGCAGAUCGACUCGCACGCGACCGAGCACUCCUCGGACCCAUACGGGUCUAACGACCCCCAUCAUAAUUCAUUAAUGCAUUCUUCGACUGUCGCUAGUCCUGGUCCAAUUGAAGAGUCGACCUCGCAGGAUGGAGAUAGACGGUCGCGCGAUCCUUCUGAGAUUGACCAUGAUGGUAAGGCAUUUUCAUAUCCAAUGCCUACCGGUAAUAUGAAUGAUCCACGUCGCGGACUCAGCCUACCGACUGCGGGCUACAGUCGAGGUAGCCCUCGCUCUCCAUCGGCGAAAAAACACCGCUGUCCAUACUGCGCGACCGAAUUUACCCGACAACAUAAUCUCAAGAGUCAUUUGCUCACUCACAGCCAAGAGAAGCCAUUCGUUUGUCAAACAUGCCAGUCGCGUUUUCGAAGACUACACGAUCUAAAGCGUCAUACAAAGCUACACACCGGCGAGCGACCACAUAUCUGUCCGAAGUGUGGACGUCGUUUUGCCCGAGGCGAUGCGUUGGCACGACACAACAAAGGACAAGGAGGCUGCGCAGGUCGACGUGCGAGUAUGGGCAGCUUUGCCGCAGAUGACGAGUAUGGCGACGGCACGACCGGGCAAACGGACGACAUGGAUGGGUUGAUGUACACAGCGGAGCCGGAGCGCAUGGAUGAGGAGGAUGAGCGACGACUGACCAUGCCGAGCAUUCGCAAACAUGAAGCAGAUGGCAUUGCUCGUUCGGAUUCACUUCAUCCACGCCAGUCGAACACCUACCCACCAAUUGCAGCCGGUCGCCCUAGCCACCUCUUCCCGCCCCCGGCCAAUCAUGGUGGCUCAAGCAUGUCGACAUCAACAUCGCAAUCUACACACAUGACUUUCCCGCCUGCGGGCCUCACGUCGGGCUCAUCUAUAUUCCCAAGCAAUAUCAACGACAGUCCCAAACCACUGUCUCCGAACGCACUUUCAUCGCAACACGAAAGCGCACCGCCACAUCGUGCACACUCCCCUGGUAUAGGACAAUCCUUGCCACACCCGCAGUCUUCUUUCGGUCGCACCAAUCAAUCGACAAAUCCUGCACCGCCUACAUUAGGGUUGCCGCUGCCGCAGCCAGGCGCCCCCCAGCUGCCUCCGCCGCCGGGUAUGACUUCGCCGGAUGGUCGAUUUGGCAUGCAAGCUGCAACCAAGCAUACCCCUUCGCACAGCCACUCUAGCACUCACAGCCUCUCUCAUCACAAGGGCUUUGAUGGGCCUGACAAUAAUUCCAAUCACACUGAUCCCAAUGAAGUAAACAAACUUUGGGCUUAUGUGCGGACACUGCAUGAUGAGUUGACAGGCUUGCGCGCUGAAGUCGCCAGUCUGCGGGCGCACGUUGCGUCGUCAAACUCGGUUCCUCUGGCCCCAGUGGAAGUGAAUCUCAACAAUUCCGGCCCGCGUUAA